AUGGACUCCCACGCCUUCGUCGGCCUCCCUACCACAACCGCCAUAACCGGUCUUUUAGAAGUCGGCGCCGCUGCAAUCGACAUCCUAUCCGACCUCAACAUCUCACCUCAACACGACACCAUCGUUCUCAACACCUUGUUGCGGGAAGUGAAAGAAUGUCGCUCCUCUAUUCACGCCUUUUACAAGACUCUCAAUCUUAUUGAGAAUGGCCAAAUUCCUAUUCCUGCGCGCGCAGCUUGGAUUAGCUUGGACACCCUCGUCGCGACGCUCACGGAUACUGUUCUUGCGUUCUCGAGACUAAGUUCGCUGUGCUGUGCGGUUGAUGAGGAGAGUACGCAGUCUAGUCCCGAAGAUGCGGCGAAGCAUUUUGAGAAGAAGAUUAGAGCUUUGUGUGCGAGGAUUAGAUGGCAUAAUCUUUCUAUUGCCAUGAUGAUGACGAUAGUGAACUGCCCCGGAGAAAAAGACGCAAAAAACAGCCGCGACGAACUCGCGCAUCGAGUAGCCCGCCUCCUCACAUUCAACGUCAACCUCGCCUCGCGCCUCCGCCACAACACAAGACCAAGCUCCGGUUCCGGUUCCUCGGGUGCCAAGACGACCGAAUCCCCCGAGAUCACCCCCGUCAAUGUGGGGCGUCCUCCGCCGGCGACAUACUCAGGAACACUCUCCAACCUAACUCACCCCAAGGCGUUAUCACGAGUGGUUCUGCCUAUCGAGUUGAGAGAGUUGAGGGAUGACUUUGAGUACUACUCUGGUAGCUUUCCUUCGACGGUGGGAAGUUGUGAGUUUCCUACUGGUGGUGUUCUUGUUGGGACGCCGUACAAUGUCACUUCUGCGCGAUGA